AUGCUCAAGACUGUUUUACUUCUUGAUGGUAGUGAUGCGGUCAAUAGUUCUGCAGAUUAUCUUCCUACACGACUGCUUGCUUUGCGUCCUCAAUUAAAUCGAUUUGUUCAUGAAUAUCUUGAUAGUAAUCCAUUGGCUUCUCUUGCGGUGGUGACUAUGCGGGAUGGGGUGGCCCAUCGUCUAAACUCCUGCACAACGAAUGCUUCUGAGAUUAUACAGGCAUUAGAAGUUCAGUAUUUCCUCUUUGGUGGUUCAGGGGCAAUGUCAUUAGAAAAUGGAUUACGUCUUUCACUUUCAGAACUUGUAGAUAUGAAACGUAUUACAAAACGAGUUCGACAGACAAAUUCAGGUAAUACAGCUACAAGUAGUAAAGAAACAAGAGAAGAACCUUUGGCAAAACUUCGUAUUAUUCUUAUCUCAUCUUCUGUUACGCUUAUUGACCCUCAUGAUGUUUUUCUUGUUCUUAAGAUAGUCAGUCAACUCCAUGUACGUGUAGAUGUUAUUUCCUUCUGUGGGGCUGUUCAUGUUUUUCAUGAAGCCGCUUUAGCUACGGGUGGAACAUUAUAUACUCCUAUGAAUUAUGAUCACCUUACAGAAAUUUUACAUCGUCUUGCCAUUCCUGAGAAAAAUAAUAUUUCUAGUGAAGGAAAACAGUGGAUGAUACAAAUAGGUUUUCCAGUUUAUGUGGAGCAUGAAGGAAAAGAAAAAGAAGGAGAAGAAUAUCAAAAUCUUAAGUAUUACGCAUGUCCUCAGUGUGGAUUAAUACAAACUUCUAUUCCUUCCACCUGUCCACUCUGUAAGUUAUUACUUUGUAGUGUCCCAUUGAUACAUACCACUUUUAUUGCACAAAAUGAACUUUGUGCCCCUUCAAAAGAAUAUAAAUCUGGUAUGGAAAAGGAAAAGGAAAAAACUUUUCUUUACAGUCCUUGUUCGUUAUGUCAACGAAAAAUAGUUUGUAAUGAAAGAGGAAGUAUUUGGCAAUGUAGUUCCUGUCAAUGUGUGCGAUGUAGUGUGUGUGAAACCUAUGUUCGCGACAGUCUAAAUCUCUGUCCAACGUGUAUUGGUUCCUCUAUGUGA